UCUACGCUUCGCAUCAUCAUCAUCAUCAUCAUCAUCAUCAUCAUCAUCAUCAUCAUCAUCAUCAUCAUCAUCAUCAUCAUCAUCAUCAUCAUCAUCAUCAUCAUCAUCAUCAUCAUCAUCAUCAUCAUCAUCAUCAUCAUCAUCAUCAUCAUCAUCAUCAUCAUCAUCAUCAUCAUCAUCAUCAUCAUCAUCAUCACCAUCAUCAUCAUAG